GGUUUGAAAGAAGACAUGCCCAGCCACUGAAGCACUAGUUGAAUUCUGCUCCUGUGCCUUACUUAUUUUUUGAGCACGAGACCAGGAACCGACCGAUUACAAAAAAACUGCAAUCAUGUCGCAAGAAGUGAAGGCAUCGAACAAUGGCAACAUGGCGUUUGACGUCAUCCUCGCGCCGGCAUCGUCGCCGCGGCCCAACAGCCCGCCAAAGAGGAAGGUUUUGAGCAUGGACGACAUAUCGAGCAGGCUGCUGGCUGCUGAGGAGCGAAGGAAGUCGCUGGAGGCAUCCAAGCUGACAUCGCUGUCGGACAAGCUCGCGAAGGCCGAGCAGGCGCAGGCGAAGAAGGCUGAGGAGGAGGAGAAGUUUGUUGCUGAGGCUGAGGCGAAGCUGCAGAAGAAGAUGGAGGCGAACAAGGAGAAGCGUGAGGCGCAGUUCCGAGCCCUGCAGGAUCGCCUGAAGGAGCACGAGCGACACGUGGAGGAGGUUCGGCUUGCCGGGGAGAAGUACGUGGAUGCGAUGUCGACGAAGCACCGCAUGCAGAUCGACAAGAAGCUGGAGGCGGCGGAGGAGAAUCGCUGCGCGCAGAUACGCAGCGUGAUGAGCAAGCUGAAAGAACACGAGAAGCGUGUGAUCGAGGCGAGGCAGCAGAGUGAGGUCAUCGUCGCCGAGCAGAGCCGCGAGAUCAUGGAAAAGCUGAUGAAAAAGAUGGAGGAUGCUCUCGCUAACCGCGACAACCAGAUGAAGAGUCUGCAGGAUAAGAUCAAGGAGCACGAGAGGCACUGCGAGGACGUUCGUCGCGCGAAGAUGCAAGCCGGUGACAACGUCGGCACUGAGAUCACCGCCUAGGCUCCGCCCACAUUGACAACUGGACAUCAGGCAGUGGAAAUUACCCGAGUUCUACCCAAUUAAAACCGCUAAUGCUUCUUAAAGGUUCUUCCGGAACCACCUGCAGGCGUUUUUGAGUUUGCGUCGGUGGAGUUUGCAACGAUGAUGAGACGCGUAGCUGAUUGGGUACGGUGAAUUUCGGACUGCAAACUUCGAUCAAUCGCGCAACGAAAGGCGCACGUAUUUGCGGAUGGUGUAUUAAUGGAAAUGUGCGCACGGUUUCUUGUCUAACCUGCAUACCACUACUUAAGCACGAAGGGUCGUUGUCAUAUAGGGUACUACAUAUAUGUACCCGAGCUACGUAUAUGUAUACCAGCCUUAGGGUUAGGGUACACUUCUGUAUACAUCGUAUACACUUAUGUACCUCGGGUACAUAUAUACGACAACGACCCCUUCAGCACUACUUAACUACACUGCGCGUCGUAAUGGCAAUCAAAUACAACCAAAUACCGCUCUGAUUUAGAGCUCCACACAUGGAACAUGGGUAUGAUCAUGUUACAGUGGUGCGUACGCCGCACGUACGUGUAUCCAACCUAUGAUCCAUGUAUCCUGUAACGUUCAUGUCACAUGAUCUUAUAUGAUGAAACGCGUGCUAUACCGACACGAAGUCCCGGUGCAUUGUGUUACUGUUGUCUGCGUGCCUGCAGUAAUUUCUAGCACCUUGAAUUCAAGUAGAAGAUGAAUGCGCAAUUGUCUCGACAUAUAAACGGGCCCAAUUGGCGUGGGCCAUAGCUUAACUGAUAGAUAUCGUCACAAGGAAGAGUGAAUGUUGCACCCCAAACUAUGUGCAAAGCUGGGGGGUGGUAACACUUGUGGUGUUAAUAAAACUCGUUUGGCCUUUAAUAUUGUACUCCUAUAUACUGUACAUUCCAUAUUGCUGUACAUUUAGCUUCUGUGUGCCUCGUUGGUGGUCAAUAGGGAAGCAUUCUCACUCUGCAGUCGGAUGCUAUUGGCGUUGUGUAGGUCACCAAGGUCGUUGGCUGUCACCGUACAAAUCCGAAGCUCAACUGUGCAUUCAUUCCCUACACCAAGCUACAGCUACAGCUGCUGUGUCACUGUGGCACACUGCUAAAAAAAAUUUUUAGGGUCAUGCUGCUUUUCAUGGAAAUGUCGUUAUUUAGGAAAUCGUUUUGGAGUUUGAGCCUAAUGCAGCCCCGCGUAAAACUGACUGCACGAAACAUUUGCUUUUCAACAUGGAGAGGCCCUGUCCCAUCUUUACUUGUGCAUGGGUCUUCGAGUGUGUGAGUGUGUAUGUAUGUGUGUGUGAUUCUAGGGGUGGGGUUAGAGAUGACUGUCUGUACCUUCGCACACUUGCCUACAGUUCGGGUGAGUUGUCAGGGGGGAGCUUAGAUGUAUCUUUAGUAGUGUGUUCGGCGCGUACGCGGUGAAAUACCUGAUCGUUUCAUCGGUUAUGCGAUUUUGUGACGAGGCGUAGAGCUAGGGUGUGUGUGAGGAUACGUGGUUUAGUAUUGCUAUCCAGUUUCACAAGUGUCUGUGUGUACGUACACUCGUGUGGUUAUCCAUCGUCUGCUGCACUGUGUGGUAUUUGCAUUGGAACGCGUAUAUAUAUCCGAUGCUGUAAUGUAUACGCUGUAUUUCUCCGAUAUUUUUUGUAAGCUAAGAUCUCUUGUAUUCCAUGAUAACCUUUUGGUUUCUGUCACAUUCUGUAUUUAGAGGCCAAGCGUACACAUGUGGUAAAUGUUUUUUGUAUACUGCCAUUUAAAAGCGUUUUAAGCUUAACAUUUUGUAUUAGUUUUUGAAGUAAUUUCUCGCCUGCAAUUUUUUGCCUUUCUACAUGAUUUUUGUAUAAUUCGAGUUCGAUAUUUCCCCGUGUAUAUUUUACUGUUAUGCGUAGCAAUGUUAUAUUUUUCUACAAGUGUAGCUCCAUUCGUUAGUCAUUUAAAAGUUUCCUUUCUCGUAAAGAGUUUUUUCUCCCGAACUUGUAAGUGUAAACUGCUGGUUGAUUGAGCUUCCUGCCAGUAAGUAACAAGUUGUAGAGCAUGGAAUUGGAGAUAUUUCUACCGGUGUCGCCAUCUUGUGGCAAAUGUUCGCAAGUUUACGCUAUAUGUAACCACUACGGCAACCGAUUACAGUAUUACACCAUUCUUCAUCGCGUUUUACGUUUACGGAUAAAUCUAGAUUUUCCCCGGUAAUACGGGUGUUAAAUUAAGCUCGACUACACAUUGUCUCUGUGUCAUACGACGCUUGUAUGCCCAGCUUAUAUACAUUACAGUCAGUAUUACCUAUCGGUCAGUGGCUUUUCCGGUAUGCUACAGCGCCGGUUUUCAACACUAUUCAUUUGUGCGAAUUACAUUCUGUAAUUUAAUAAACCUUGGUUUUGCUGUAAA